CCUCGGCUACACGUAUGCGGUACUGAUUUUCUUAUCACUUCGCUCAGCUUCGUGAUGAGUAUUACCAUUCAUCCGUCAUCGUUCCUGGGCGAUGCGGUUUCUACUUGCUCGAAUCUGAACAUUGGCAUGACGGCCAGUGAGUUCAACACAACGGUACACGUGACGGAAAUCGGCUAUUUGCAGAAACUCGAAAAGGCUAAGCUAGAAAAGGAGCGCGGGGAACAUGGCGAUAACCGGUCGUUCUUUUCCAAAUACUGGAUGUACAUCCUGCCGUUCGUUGUGUUUAUGCUGAUUACCAGCGCGAUGAAUCCGGAAACUCGUCAAGCUGGUCGAUGA